UGUGUGUGUGUUUUUUUUUCCUGUUUUUCAUCCUUCCGUGUUGAAAGAUGACUUAUUUCCCUGAAGAGGUUGUAGAGCACAUGUUUGAUUUCCUUUCGCACCGGGAUCGAAAUGCGGUGUCUCUCGUCUGCAAGUCUUGGUAUAGGUUGGAGAGAUGGAGUAGACAGAGGGUUUUUGUAGGGAAUUGUUAUGCCAUUACUCCAGAGAGAUUAAUUGCAAGGUUUCCCAGAAUUAAGGCUCUUACGUUGAAAGGAAAGCCACAUUUUGCCGACUUCAAUCUGGUUCCUCAUGAUUGGGGUGGUUUCGUGCAUCCAUGGAUCGAGGCCAUGGCUAAGAGCUAUCCGGGUCUCGAGGAGCUCAGGCUUAAGAGGAUAGUGGUUUCCGAUGAGAGCCUUGAACUGCUUUCUCGGUCGUUCCCAAACUUCAAGUCUCUGGUUCUGGUUAGUUGUGAAGGAUUUACUACAGACGGCCUAGCAGCCAUAGCUGCCAAUUGUAGGGUUCUGAAGGAGCUAGACUUGCAAGAAAUUGAUGUUGAGGAUCGCAGGGGACAGUGGCUGAGCUGUUUUCCUGAUAGCUGCACGACAUUGGUCUCGCUGAAUUUUUCAUGUCUCAAAGGAGAAGUGAAUUUGGGUGCUCUGGAGAGGCUUGUUGCUAGAUCUCCGAACCUCAAGAAUCUGAGGUUAAAUCGGACAGUGCCACUUGAAAAUCUCUGCAAAAUCCUCUCUCGGGCACCGCAACUGGUGGACUUGGGCACAGGGUCUUAUGUUCAGGAGCCUAAUUCUGAGCACUACAUGAAGCUUACUAGCGCUGUUCUCAAUUGUAAAUCAGUUAGGAGCUUGUCUGGAUUUUUGGAUGUUGCUCCUCGUUGCCUGCCUGCAAUUUACCCCAUCUGCUUGAACUUGACAUCCUUGAACUUGAGUUAUUCACCGGGUAUUCAGGGUAACGAACUCAUCAAGUUGAUUCACCAUUGCCGGAAACUUCAACGCUUAUGGAUAUUGGAUUGUAUUGGAGACAAAGGGCUAGGAGUUGUAGCUUCUACUUGUAAAGAACUGCAGGAAUUGAGGGUGUUUCCAUCUGAUCCCUAUGGUGGGGGAAGUGCAGCUGUAACCGAAGAAGGCCUAGUUGCCAUAUCUAUGGGUUGCCGGAACCUUCAUUCUCUGCUAUAUUUUUGUCACCAGAUGUCAAAUGCAGCCCUAAUUACAGUAGCCAAGAACUGCCCCAAUUUCACCCGCUUCAGAUUGUGCAUCCUUGACCCUCAAAAACCUGAUCAUGUGACUUUGCAGCCACUGGAUGAAGGAUUUGGAGCGAUUGUUCAGUCGUGCAAGGGCCUCAGACGGUUGUCACUGUCAGGCCUUCUUACGGAUCAGGUUUUUCUUUACAUUGGAAUGUAUGCUGAGAGGUUGGAGAUGCUUUCAAUUGCAUUUGCUGGCGACAGUGAUAAGGGAAUGCUAUAUGUGCUAAAUGGGUGCAAGUACCUCAGGAAGCUGGAGAUCCGAGAUAGCCCCUUUGGUGAUGUUGCACUUCUAACGGACGUAGGGAAGUAUGAAACAAUGCGAUCCCUUUGGAUGUCGUCCUGUGAUGUUACUUUUGGAGGCUGCAAGGCUCUGGCCCAGAAAAUGCCUAGGCUCAAUGUGGAGAUCAUAAAUGAAAAGGAUCAGAUGGAAGAGAACCCUGAUGAUCGGCAAAAGGUUGAGAAGGUAUACGUUUAUCGUACUUUGGAUGGACCAAGGAGGGAUGCACCAGAUUUUGUCUGGACAUUGUAGAUAGCUCUUCAUUUGUAUUUGUAGAAGGUAUUGGCAUUUGGUACUUAUCUUGUUUUCUACGUAGGUUGACUAAUUUGUAUGUUUCAAUAUAGUGAAUGUGGGGGCUGAUUUGUCA